UUCUUUACUAUUACCCCAGAUGAUGCAAAUGGAAAUUCCAAAGCUGACUGUUUAACGAAAGCUUGUGUUGUUGCUUUGAUUUCAGCACCAGGAUCCCCAGGAUAUGUGUGUUAGUGGUGUCCACUUUUGAAGUUUAUCGUUCCUAUUUGCUGUGAAAUUAUUGCAUAACACUUUUUCCCAUGGUAGCUGCAUACCCAUGUGAAUGAGACUGAUGACUCUCGCUUCUUGGUGUACAUAAAAACCAGAGAAUCAUUGAGGAGAGACCUGCCUUUUCUUGUUCCACCAGAAACAAUUUUGUAGGUCACAGAAGUGUCUGCAAGGACCAUUGUUGGUAAUGCUUCAUCAUCUAAUGAUGUUUCAGCUGCUGGAUUGAUGUUAUCAAUAGGAAGUGUGAUUUGAAGCCAUUGGGUGUGUUGUUGUUGAUUGUUGCAGGCUGCUCUUUGACUGGGAAGGGAUUAAAAGGAUUGUUGGCAUCACCUGAAACCAGGGUAUAAAAUAUGAGCGAACCUACAGUAACUAUCUCUCUCUCUCUCUCUCUCUCUCUCUCUCUCUCUCUCUCUCUCUCUCUCUCUCUCUCUCUCUCUCUCUCUCUCUCUCUCUCUCUCUCUCUCUCUCUCUCUCUCUCUCUCUCUCUCUCUCUCUCUCUCUCUCUCUCUCUCUCUCUCUCUCUCUCUCUCUCUCUCUCUCUCAUGGAGGCCCCUAACAAAUGGAAGAAGUGAUCACAGAUAGUGAUCACAGAUUCCAUUUCUGCCUUAGGAACCAUACAUCAGUAGCAAAUAGUGCGUCACCAACCCAGUAUCAUCCUUAAGCAGAGGGAGAAUACAGAGCCUCUAGUAUGAUAGAAGACACAAAGACUUACUUAUAUAAGAGACCAGCCACCACCACUGUUGGCAUAUGAAUACAGCUGCUGUUCAUAGCCAUCACAGGUUCACAAAAGGUACAUAAUACCUAAAUCAAGCUCAGACUACACGAGUGAUUCUUCAACACUGCAAACUUUGUACCAAAGAAAUAUUAUAAUUAUGUUUAUACACUAAUUUUGAAAUUAAAAAGAUAUACAGAACAAUUGUAAACUUAUUAAAAAAUUAUGGGAUUCAGAAAAAUCUUAAGCUGAAAUACUUUUGACAUGUCAUCACUUGAGGCUCGCGCUGCUCCGCCACUCUGCUCCACACGGACAAGACGGAACACGAAGACACCUGUGAGUUCCGGCCGUACAUGUGUCCGUGUCCCAGUGCCUCUUGCAAGUCGCAAGGCUCCCUCGAGCAUGUCAUGCCACACCUCAUGAGCGUCCACAAGAGUAUCACCACUCUCUAAGGAGAGGACAUUGUGUUCCUGGCAACAGACAUCAAGCUGCCAGGUGCAGUGGACUGGGUCAUGAUCCAGAGUUGCUUCAGCCACCACUUUAUUUUGGUGCUGGGGAAGCAAGAGAAGUUUGAUGGCCACCAACAGUUCUUUGCCAUUGUGCAGCUCAUUGGGUUCAGGAAACAGGCUGAAAACUUUGCAUACAGCUUCUCCCUGCACCGAGGACCGCCAAGCAGCACCAGAGAGGCACGAGUACGUAAGUGUUUUCCAGGUGUUUCCAGCUUUUUCCAAACUCAGGCAUGUAGGUAAUAGAAGAAGGAGAAAAGCUGGAGAAAUGGAGGAGGAGGAGGAAGAAAUAAGGAAAAAUAGAGGAAGAGGAGGAGGCAGCGUAACAGAUUCCUCAAGACCUCUUCAUCGACAUUGUAGAGUCUCUUCGCCAACACUGAGGACAGCACCGCCUGCCUGCCACCUCCCUUGGUCUUCAAGGCUCGUCAGUUCAAGGACCAUCUCUCUCUGCCAAGUUCGAGUGGGAUCUGACACUUGGGAACGAGGAAGGCUCGUCACUUCAAGGACCAUCUCUCUCUGCCAAGUUCGAGUGGGAUCUGACACUUGGGGACGAGGAAGGCUCGUCACUUCAAGGACCAUCUCUCUCUGCCAAGUUCGAGUGGGAUCUGACACUUGGGGACGAGGAGGAGUAUGUGCCGGUGGUGGCCAUCAUGACUUAAGGCUCGCGCUGCUCCGCCACUCUGCUCCACACGGACAAGACGGAACACGAAGACACCUGUGAGUUCCGGCCGUACAUGUGUCCGUGUCCCAGUGCCUCUUGCAAGUCGCAAGGCUCCCUCGAGCAUGUCAUGCCACACCUCAUGAGCGUCCACAAGAGUAUCACCACUCUCUAAGGAGAAGACAUUGUGUUCCUGGCAACAGACAUCAAGCUGCCAGGUGCAGUGGACUGGGUCAUGAUGCAGAGUUCCUUCGGCCACCACUUCAUGUUAGUGCUGGAGAAGCAAGAGAAGUUUGAUGGCCAUUAACAGUACUUUGCCAUCGUGCAACUCAUUGGGUCCAGGAAACAGGCUGAAAACUUUGCAUACAGAUAAUGUUUAAUUUGCAGGGAAAGCAGUGACAGAAUUCUUCCAACCCAGCUGUGUUUCUCAUACCUCUUGAGAAGCAUUGAAGUAAAUUAAUGUAUAUUUAUAGGAUCUCUCAUGAUUGGAAUUGAAUGGACCAAGACGGAGACUCACCUGGGAAGCCACGCCCCGAUCCAUACACAAAGGCAUCCAAUCAGCCAUCAUGAACUCAGAUUACCUGGUGAUUACCUGGAGUUAAGAUGGAGGAAAUGUUGUCAACUUAGAGAAAACAUAGUUUAUGAAUCCUAGACAAAUCUUUCCUUCAAAACUUAUGUUCAGAGACAAAAUUCCUAGACAACUUUAUGCUACCAAGUGUCACUGUCAAGACACUCAGCCAAUCAUGGGGAAAGUAGAGUGUGAAAAUGCCUCUUAUAUUUUGUGGAAAUUUUUAUAUUCAUGGUGCAGUUUAGUCAUCUCAUGAAUAGAUAACCAGAGAUGAUUAGCUACUUGAAUCACACACUAUUGGCUUUGUCCUUGUUAUGUAAAAUUUCCUGCAGUCAUUCAUCAUUGGUCUCUAGAGAUUGACACACGUCACGUUCUCUUUUAACAAACUAUUAGAGGGAUGUGUUGUGAAUGUACAUUAGCAACUAGCACUACUAACACUGGCUAAGCCUAUUAGAGAAUUGACGGGGCAUUAUAUGAUCUGCCUGAGGAUUACAAAUUAAAGCUGAAAAAAGAUUUCAUUCUUUAGUUUGUGGUAUUAAAAUUGUUUCUUAAAUUUGUCCGUAGAAAGAUUUAGUACAUAUGUUGCAUCAUUUAUUUUAGGAGUAAUUGUUCUAUUUAUUUUACUAACAUAGUUUCAUUUAAAAAGAAAGCUUAUGUACAUAUGACAUUUUUUGUGCUCCUUUUAAAAGCUUUUGUUAUCUCAUGGGAGUCAAAGCAAAUGCAUAUAUAUGUACUUUAUUUUGUGGUCAAGUAAGACACACCAUGAAAAAUGUGUGGAAAUCUCAUGUACUUAGUCUAUUAUUUAUAGAACAAAAAAUAAUGCUAAUUGGAUUGGAUGUGGUUAGGAACAGAGGUUUGUGGAGUAGAGUGUGUUUGUACCUUUGUGCUUUUGUUACUAGGAGUUUUCCGAGGUGUGGUAGUGUAGGUAGCAUGGAGGGCACUUCACCCACUUAGUGUCCUCACCCAACCACUUCAUUUAUUGGUUUAAUGUUGUGUCUAGCAUCUGUUCCUAGAAACAGUGUGAAAGGGCUUCACAGGCACCAGUCAGCUGCUUAGAAACAGUCUGGCUGGGGAACAUAUUAGAGUGAUAGUGAUCACAGAUUCCAUUUCUGCCUUAGGAACCAUACAUCAGUAGCAAAUAGUGUUCAUUUAUGAGUCAUGCGUCACCAACCCAGCAUCAUCCUUAAGCAGAGGGAGAAUACAGAGCCUUUAGUAUGAUAGAAGACACAAAGACUUACUUAUAUGAGACCAGCCACCACCACUGUUGGCAUAUGAAUACAGCUGGUGUUCAUAGCCAUCACAGGUUCACAAAAGGUACAUAAUACCUAACUCAAGCUCAGCCUACAUGAGUGAUGCAUCACCACUGCAAACUUUGUACCAAAGAAAAAUUAUGAUUAUGUUUAUAUACUAAUUUUGAAAUUAAAAGAUAUACAGAACAAUGGUAAACUUAGUAAAAAAUUAUGAGAUUGAGAAAAAUCUUAAGCUGAAAUACUUUUGACGUCACCACUUGAGACUCGGGCUGCUCCGCCACUCUGCUCCACACGGACAAGACGGAACAUGAAGACACCUGUGAGUUCCGGCCGUACAUGUGUCCCUGUCCCAGUGCCUCUUGCAAGUGGCAAGGCUCCCUCGAGCAGGUCAUGCCACACCUCAUGAGCGUCCACAAGAGUAUCACCACUCUCCAAGGAGAGGACAUUGUGUUCCUGGCAACAGACAUCAAGCUGCCAGGUGCAGUGGACUGGGUCAUGAUCCAGAGUUGCUUCAGCCACCACUUUAUUUUGGUGCUGGGGAAGCAAGAGAAGUUUGAUGGCCACCAACAGUUCUUUGCCAUUGUGCAGCUCAUUGGGUUCAGGAAACAGGCUGAAAACUUUGCAUACAGCAGCUUCUCCCUGCACCGAGCACCGCCAAGCAGCACCAGAGAGGCACGAGUACGUAAGAUUCCUCAAGACCUCUUCAUCGACAUUGUAGAGUCUCUUCGCCAACACCGAGGACAGCACCGCCUGCCUGCCACCUCCCUUGGUCUUCAAGGCUCGUCAGUUCAAGGACCAUCUCUCUCUGCCAAGUUCGAGUGGGAUCUGACACUUGGGGACGAGGAAGGCUCGUCACUUCAAGGACCAUCUCUCUCUGCCAAGUUCGAGUGGGAUCUGACACUUGGGGACGAGGAAGGCUCGUCACUUCAAGGACCAUCUCUCUCUGCCAAGUUCGAGUGGGAUCUGACACUUGGGGACGAGGAGGAGUAUGUGCCGGUGGUGGCCAUCAUGACUUAAGCACCAGGAUCCCCAGGAUAUGUGUGUUAGUGGUGUCCACUUUUGAAGUUUAUCGUUCCUAUUUGCUGUGAAAUUAUUGCAUAACACUUUUUCCCAUGGUAGCUGCAUACCCAUGUGAAUGAGACUGAUGACUCUCGCUUCUUGGUGUACAUAAAAACCAGAGAAUCAUUGAGGAGAGACCUGCCUUUUCUUGUUCCACCAGAAACAAUUUUGUAGGUCACAGAAGUGUCUGCAAGGACCAUUGUUGGUAAUGCUUCAUCAUCUAAUGAUGUUUCAGCUGCUGGAUUGAUGUUAUCAAUAGGAAGUGUGAUUUGAAGCCAUUGGGUGUGUUGUUGUUGAUUGUUGCAGGCUGCUCUUUGACUGGGAAGGGAUUAAAAGGAUUGUUGGCAUCACCUGAAACCAGGGUAUAAAAUAUGAGCGAACCUACAGUAACUAUCUCUCUCUCUCUCUCUCUCUCUCUCUCUCUCUCUCUCUCUCUCUCUCUCUCUCUCUCUCUCUCUCUCUCUCUCUCUCUCUCUCAUGGAGGCCCCUAACAAAUGGAAGAAGUGAUCACAGAUAGUGAUCACAGAUUCCAUUUCUGCCUUAGGAACCAUACAUCAGUAGCAAAUAGUGCGUCACCAACCCAGUAUCAUCCUUAAGCAGAGGGAGAAUACAGAGCCUCUAGUAUGAUAGAAGACACAAAGACUUACUUAUAUAAGAGACCAGCCACCACCACUGUUGGCAUAUGAAUACAGCUGCUGUUCAUAGCCAUCACAGGUUCACAAAAGGUACAUAAUACCUAAAUCAAGCUCAGACUACACGAGUGAUUCUUCAACACUGCAAACUUUGUACCAAAGAAAUAUUAUAAUUAUGUUUAUACACUAAUUUUGAAAUUAAAAAGAUAUACAGAACAAUUGUAAACUUAUUAAAAAAUUAUGGGAUUCAGAAAAAUCUUAAGCUGAAAUACUUUUGACAUGUCAUCACUUGAGGCUCGCGCUGCUCCGCCACUCUGCUCCACACGGACAAGACGGAACACGAAGACACCUGUGAGUUCCGGCCGUACAUGUGUCCGUGUCCCAGUGCCUCUUGCAAGUCGCAAGGCUCCCUCGAGCAUGUCAUGCCACACCUCAUGAGCGUCCACAAGAGUAUCACCACUCUCUAAGGAGAAGACAUUGUGUUCCUGGCAACAGACAUCAAGCUGCCAGGUGCAGUGGACUGGGUCAUGAUGCAGAGUUCCUUCGGCCACCACUUCAUUUUGCAGGGAAAGCAGUGACAGAAUUCUUCCAACCCAGCUGUGUUUCUCAUACCUCUUGAGAAGCAUUGAAGUAAAUUAAUGUAUAUUUAUAGGAUCUCUCAUGAUUGGAAUUGAAUGGACCAAGACGGAGACUCACCUGGGAAGCCACGCCCCGAUCCAUACACAAAGGCAUCCAAUCAGCCAUCAUGAACUCAGAUUACCUGUAAGAUGGAGGAAAUGUUGUCAACUUAGAGAAAACAUAGUUUAUGAAUCCUAGACAAAUCUUUCCUUCAAAACUUAUGUUCAGAGACAAAAUUCCUAGACAACUUUAUGCUACCAAGUGUCACUGUCAAGACACUCAGCCAAUCAUGGGGAAAGUAGAGUGUGAAAAUGCCUCUUAUAUUUUGUGGAAAUUUUUAUAUUCAUGGUGCAGUUUAGUCAUCUCAUGAAUAGAUAACCAGAGAUGAUUAGCUACUUGAAUCACACACUAUUGGCUUUGUCCUUGUUAUGUAAAAUUUCUAGCAGUCAUUCAUCAUUGGUCUCUAGAGAUUGACACACGUCACGUUCUCUUUUAACAAACUAUUAGAGGGAUGUGUUGUGAAUGUACAUUAGCAACUAGCACUACUAACACUGGCUAAGCCUAUUAGAGAAUUGACGGGGCAUUAUAUGAUCUGCCUGAGGAUUACAAAUUAAAGCUGAAAAAAGAUUUCAUUCUUUAGUUUGUGGUAUUAAAAUUGUUUCUUAAAUUUGUCCGUAGAAAGAUUUAGUACAUAUGUUGCAUCAUUUAUUUUAGGAGUAAUUGUUCUAUUUAUUUUACUAACAUAGUUUCAUUUAAAAAGAAAGCUUAUGUACAUAUGACAUUUUUUGUGCUCCUUUUAAAAGCUUUUGUUAUCUCAUGGGAGUCAAAGCAAAUGCAUAUAUAUGUACUUUAUUUUGUGGUCAAGUAAGACACACCAUGAAAAAUGUGUGGAAAUCUCA